AACCUCGCAUUUUCACGUGUACCACAAUGUCUCCGCAAAAGCGAUUUUAGGCAAAUCGUAGAGAAGCUUGGCAAAUCCCUCCUGCAACUGAAGAAGCGAGAACUUCCGAUUUCAUAAACAGUAAGCAUAGUGGUUUUAUCAGCGAAAAUUAUUCUCAUCUUUCUAACCUAAAAUUCUGUCGGCAUGUUGGACGUUACUGUAAAGACGCUAGAUGGACAAAAUCACAGCUACUCCGUCCCGGAUGACACGACAGUCAGAACAUUCAAAGAGAGGAUCGCAUCAUCCGUGUCCAUUCCCGUUGACACGCAGCGCUUGAUUUACCACGGCCGAGUACUUCAAGAUGACAAGAAACUCAUUGACUAUGAUGUCAAUGGAAAAGUAUUACACCUCGUGCAGAAGCCUCCACCAAGCUCCCAACCAGCUGGGACCAGCACUGCAACGCCUACACACUCUGGCACUCACGGUCAACCGGUCAGAGGUCAGGACAGCUUCAUCGUCGGAGCUUUCACCGUUCCUUCAGAAACGGCCGACCAUUCCCAAAUUCAGCAAGUUGUGCAGCAGCUAGUCGGGGGAAUGGGUGAACUGGGACGCAAUGCUCAGGUUUCUACCAGCCCAGCUGAAGAUGGCCAGUCUGUGAACCUGCACAUUAGCCUAGGACCUAUUGACCCAGCACAGAUUUUUAACGACCCGCAACAAAGGCUUAACACGGCAGUUCGUCUGGUCGGUUUGGCGAAUCAAGCACUCGAUAGACUUGACAACCCCAAUGACGACGUUAGCCCUACUGGACCAGCUGCCCAGGACUUUACAUCGCCACCAGCAGAAGGUGCACCAACUAUAAUUCCUCCCGGAGCCACUGUGGCGACUGAACCAGGCCCAGACGUUCCCAUGGACACCUCAUCGCCGAACGAAACAACAUCGAGUUCUGAUGGCGGUAGCAGACAGACGGGCGCGCCGCCGCCGACUCAUCAGCCGCAGCAGGAAGGUGGCAAUGACAGGGCGCAGCACCCGCCGUGUCCGCCCCGGGGUCUGGCGGACGUGAUGACGGAGGUGACAACCCUCAACGCUAGACUAGUACCCUAUCUGGAAAGGUUUCAGCAGCUGAUGAGAGACGACCCAGAACUCGGCGACGACGCUCAGCGAAUCAUCGACGCGCAGCGCACCUUCAAUCUCGUCUCGGCGGCAAUGCACCAUCUGGGCCACGCCUAUCACGACAUCAGUGACCUGAUGAUUGACAUGAGGCAUCCCGCUCCGCGUCACCUCUUGAACCCGCCUCGAGCGGUCGUCAUGUAUCCGCAGCACAGGCCCCCUCACGGUGUGCCGAUGCACACACACGUCAGCGUCCCCGUAACCAUCGCGAUGGCCGUGCCCACGCCGCAGGCGUCGUCCACGCUGACGGGGAGUGCAGGGACGGCGGCGGCGGCAACGCAAGUAAUCACGGCAACGACGACCGUGCCGUCGGCCUCUGCCACCAUGUCAACGGGUCAGCAGCCGCAGACGCACCAGCAGCCGCAGAUGCACCAGCAGCCGGUCAUCAACAUCAGGAGGCCCGUUAACGGACCGCAAGGCGCACCGAUGAACCCGUUCAUGAGGUGGGGCGUCGGUCCGACGACCGUCACCAUCAAUCGCAUCUCGACGACGAUUCCCGCGGAGAUGCCGCAUCAACCCUCGGCAGCGGCCAGCAGCGCGGCCAGCGGCGCUACAUCCGCAGCAACGACCGCGUCCGGCGGAACACCGGUCCACCAGACGCAUGCAACCCCGGCUACGUCGGGCAACAAUCAACCCCCUAGAGAGCAGAUGCCGCACUGGGGUCCGCCGGGGCAGCAGCCGGGAGCUAUGCCGCAGUUUCUGCCGCCCGAGCUCUUGCAGAACCUGCUCGGUGCGGCCGCCGGCGCCGCUGUGAGGGGAAUGCAGGGAACUUUCCAGCCGCGUCCUGACGGAGCAAACCCGACGACGGCGACGAGGACGCGACCGACGGCAACGCUGCACAUCCCGCGGCCGUCCGCCCCGCCCCCCGGGGUCGGCAUGCCCGCUCUGCCACACCCCAUGGUCUCCCUCGACCCUUUUCUGCCGUGCUCCUCCCGUCACUGCAUCCCGGCGAGGCCACGCAUGCCGCCAGGCGCGACUCCGCAAGCCGCACACGAUGCCAACAUAGCAGAUAUCAUCGGUGGAGUCGUCAACUCCUUCAUUCAACAGCAGGUGGUCGGAGGACUGCUAGGCACGGGGGUUCCGGGGAUGCCAUUCCAGCCUCCCAUGCCACCGGGAGUGGGGCAGGCCCCUGCCAUACACUUACAGAACAUGGCUCAGUUACUGCGUAACGCACAGCAGAAUGCUCCCCAGCAAACUCCCCGCGUAGCGGCGCCACCUACUGGAGCAAACGAGCAGGGAGCGACUGACGAGGUGUUCCUCAACUUACUUCAAAGUAUUGCUGGUCAGUUCUCGGCUGAUGACAGUGUGCAGCGCGUCACCAUAGGGGAGUUUCUGUCCUCUCUCGGCGAGGAGUACCAGCUGGGACAGGAGGGCAGCAUUAUUAGCGACCUCUUCUUUUGCCUCGCCAAUCACCUGACGUUCAACGACCUGAUGCGUGUCAUGUUCGGUGAGGCUCAGCCACUGCAGGACGUGCAGCCUCAGAUUCUCGCCUUCGUUAACGAGCGCGUGCUGCAGGGCCAGCCAGCCACCGAAGCCAACGUCAGCGCCGCCGUCGACCGCAUCAUGGAUCAGCUGAUGGCACAUCUCGGCGAGACGGUCGCCGACGUUGAGGUGAACGACGGCGUUGACUAUCUCGCGACGGUCAGCGCCUUCGUACGUGCGAGGCUGCGGCACGUUGUCGGCGUCGUCAUCGGCAGCGAGACGGACGCGGCGGGAUUCGGUGAGCGAGUGCGGGCGAGCGUGGAGCGCAGCCUGCAGGAAUGCAUCGCGCUGCACCUGCACUGCCUGCGCGGCGGCCAGCCCGCGUUCAUGGCCCUCGUGUCGGCAGAGCUUCGUCGCAUCACUGCCGACACGAACCCGCUCAUCCAGCAGUGGAUAAUGAACACGGUGCGGCAGCAGCUAGCCGCCGCCAUCCCCAACGUGAGCGUCACCGUCGACGACGUCCGAUGCUACGUGACGGGUGCGGCGACGCCGGCGCCCCCUUCUGCACCCGCGCCCGCGGCGAGAGCGGAGGCGACGCCAAUGGUAACAGCGGAGGAUGGCAUCGCCAUGGCGAUGGAUUCGUCUGAUGAGUCGAUGCACAGUGCGCAGGAGCCGAGCGAGGAGGACGACGACGAGACGGCAGCGGACAGCCGCGGCGCGCGGCGCGAUGACUGGCGCGGCGUUGUGCCGCACGAGUGGGUCGACGUCAUCAGCAGGGACAUCGAGACGCAGCAGCACCAGAGGGCGCAGGCAUCGAUGAGCGACGCCUACCUGCAGGGUAUGCCGGCGAAGCGACGGAGAGUGUCGUCAAGCAUCCACAUGGCAGACGGAAAGCCGCUGUCGUCGAGUCUGCCGGACCUCCUCAAGAAAGCCAUAUCUGCGACGGGCGCCCAUCCCGUGACGAGCGUCGCCGCGGUAACCAAAGAGGCUGCGGAGUCGAUGGUGAUACAGGAGUUGUACGAGCAGCAGGUCAAGCAUGACAUAAAGCGCCGUCUGGAGGCCGAUUCUGAUUACAACCCCGGUCGUUUCCCUCACACCGACGAUUUCUUUGCGGAUAAGCAAUAGCCGGCUAGCUGUGAAGGCAAACGUUCAUAUAUCUGAAAAUUUCAAAAAUGUCAAAUGAAUUAACUAAAAUAUUUAAUCGAAGUUUUGGUUACGUAUGAUACAUUAUUGAAAAAUGAGAGUAACGUAAUUUUACAUAAUUUUAAUAUUCACUUUAGGCUGAUAUACAUUCACGUAAUAUAUGUUUUGUAUUUAUCAGAGAUUUACUCACUAGGUAUUGAAUCUGCAAUCUGCUGCAAUUUUAAUUGUCAAAAUUUUCCUCAUGAAUAAAGGUGAAUCUGGUGUACUGAUAUGAUAAA